UAGUGUUUUUCUUGUCUUUAGUGGCGUAUCGGAGAGACGACAUGUGGUCUGAAGGGCGAUAUGACUAUGAAAGACUUCCAAGAGAACGCCUUCCUCCAAGGAUGCAUCCUGAUGAUGACUACCACAGAGUAGUGAACGUUGUGCCCAAGAAGCCAGCUCUGUUCGAAAGACCAGGGGAUGGCGGAUACGGUCGCUACGAUGACUACAACCACCUGGACUACAGGGACUACGAGGAGGGUCGCGGUUUCGCCCACGAGCGGAGAAGUGGCCCAGCACACCGCGGUGUACGUAAGGAUAAAUCAGGAUACAGAUGGCCCAGGGAUGAUCAUUCGAUAAGUCGGCAGCCUGAAUACAGGGACAUCAGAGAUGGCUUCAGAAGAAAAAGCUUCUAUCCUUCCCAUUAUAUGCGAGAGCGAUCCCCUCAUAAGAGGGACUCUCCUUUCUUCAGGGAAUCGCCCGGGAGCCGGAGGGAUUCUCCGCACAGCCGAUCUGGCUCCAGUGUCAGCAGCAGGAGCUACUCUCCUGAAAGAAGCAAAGUCUAUCCUUUCCACCAGUCCCAGCAUAGCAGAAGUAAAGAGAGGACUCAGUCACUGAAAACCUCAAGAGAUGCAUCACCAUCAGGUUCAACAGCAGUGCCCUCCUCAAAGGCCUUGGACAAGACCCACAGACUGUCAGAAAAGGAGCUCGCAGAAGCUGCAAGCAAAUGGGCAGCCGAGAAGGCGGAGAAGGCCGACGAAGGCAACUUCCCGGAGAUCCCGGAGUAUGAGGCUGGGUCUUCGGCUCCAUUAUACGUUGAACGAACAGAGGAAACAGAAACAAAUAUAACGGAUAGUACAGAGGGAUAUGAGGAUGGGCACCUUCUUGGCCGUUCAAAAGCAAUUGCAACCAAGACCAAGGAGAUUGAGCAGGUGUACAGACAAGACUGCGAAACCUUCGGCAUGGUCGUGAAGAUGCUCAUCGAUAAAGACCCUUCCUUGGAGAAGUCCAUUCAGUUUGCCCUCCGGCAAAACCUGCACGAGAUCGGUGAGCGCUGCAUUGAGGAACUCAAACUCUUUAUCGCCCAGUACGAUGCCACCCAUCAAGACUUGUCAGAACCCUUCAAGGAGGGCCCCUAUUAAAGA